AUGAGCAGGUCAAGGCACGUGGGCAAGAUCUGGAAACGCCUGGAAGAUGUCAAGAGCCAGUGGGUCCGGCCGGCCAGGGCUGACUUCAGCGACAAUGAGAGUGCCCGGCUGGCCACAGACGCUCUCCUGGAUGGGGGUCCCGAGGCCUACUGGCAGGCACUCGACCAGGAAGGCGAGGUAGACUUCUUGUCCUCGGUGGAGGCCCAGUACAUCCAGGCCCAGGCCAAGCAGCUCCCUUGUGCCCCGGAGCCUCCAGGAGGGGCAGAGGCAGGUCCCAUGGGACUCGACUCCUGCUCCCUGCAGUCCGGUACCUACUUCCCUGUGGCCUCCGAGGGCAGCGAGCCGACCCUGUUGCACAGCUGGGCCUCGGCCCAGAAGCCCUACCUGAAGGAGAAGUCCAGUGCCACUGUGUACUUCCAGACGGACAAGCACAACAACAUCAGAGACCUCAUUCGCCGCUGCAUCACCCGGACCAGCCAGGUCCUGGCCAUCCUGAUGGAUGUGUUCACGGAUGUGGAGAUCUUCUGUGACAUUCUAGAGGCUGCUAACAAGCGCGGGGUGUUUGUCUGUGUGCUGCUGGACCAGGGAGGUGUGAAGCUCUUCCAAGAGAUGUGUGACAAAGUCCAGAUCUCUGACAGCCACCUCAAGAACAUUUCCAUCCGCAGUGUGGAAGGAGAGGUGUACUGUGCCAAAUCAGGCCGGAAGUUCGCCGGCCAGAUCCAGGAGAAGUUUAUCAUCUCGGACUGGAGAUACGUGCUGUCUGGAUCAUACAGCUUCACCUGGCUCUGCGGCCACGUCCAUCGGAACAUCCUCUCCAAGUUCACGGGCCCAGCGGUGGAGCUGUUUGAUGAGGAGUUCCGCCACCUCUAUGCCUCCUCCAAGCCCGUGAUGGGCCCGAAGUCUCCCAGGCUGGCGGCAGCCCCCCAGCCCAGAGCGGGCCACAGCCCCCCGCCCGGCCGCCUCAGCAGCAGUAGCUGCUCCGCCAGCGACCACACAGCCUCCAACCCCUUCAGCAGCCCCUCGACGGGCAGCAACCCCCAGAACCGGACGCUAUCGGCGUUGUCGGGGCCUGGCAGUCCCCUGGCCCCAAACCUGCCUCUGCCCCCCAGGCUUCAGCCCCACCACGGCCUCUGGGGGACCCUGAGCCCACCGGCCCACUUUUCCCCGAGGCCCCACGACACGCCGGCUCCCUACAGCAACCUCAACGCCUAUAGGCCCACACGGCUGCAGCUCGAGCAGCUGGGCUUGGUGCCCAGGGCGGCCCACAUCUGGAGGCCAUUUCUACUGGCCUCCCCUCAUUUCUGAAGGGUCGCUUCCCCCCGGGGACCCAUCACCCCCAGGGCCGGGUCCAGGCAUUCCUUGACUGUCUGGCCCAAGGACCCCACCUCAACGACUAGCAGCUUUGAACCUGCUUCCCUUUCAACUGAACGUGCUUAGGCAACAUCGUCCUCUGUGUUUGAAUGUUCCCAGGCCUGAGACCACUCACUGGCCGACACCCACCAGACCCUAGGGUUCCCUUUCUAGUUUGGCCUGUGGAGCACAUUCCAGAAAGUUCCGGGGUUGG